AUGUAUUAUAUGCUUUAUCUGGCAAGUCUGUGCCGGCGCCGCCGCUGGCCAGAACCAACAUACGAAUUAUCCGGCAAUGCAGGCGGGUUCAGCUGCGUGGUCCGAGUGAACAACCGCGAGUAUCAGACAGACGCAAUCUGCGAUUCGGAGGUGCGCGCCCGCGAGAGCGCCGCCAUGCGCGCGUACCUGAUCUGCCGCAACUUCUCCGUCAACGAUGGCAUGUAUCCUGCCGGCCACAGCCAGGGCGGCGCCGUGCAGGGGAUCCCCGUUGCGAUAGGCACGGGCCGCAAGUCUAGCCGUGAUGACGAUACGGAUACCUCUGUCAGCAGUAGUGGCGGUAGUUCUAGUGGCGGAAGUAGCCCUGAGAACCGGGAGAGGGUCGUGAGGCUUGGUGGUGACGGUGGGAAUCAUCAGGUCUCGUUGAAGGGUGGGAUGGCGGUUCCGGUUCCGGCUUCGGCUAGGGCUCUUACUUAUGGUGGGCGUGGGAUCUAA